AUGGAGUCCCUUGCUGACCAGAGUCUCAGGCUCGAGAAAGAAAAGCAAGAGAUCCUUGUUGAAAAUGCCGAGAACAUCGAGCAUACCCUGGCUGCUGUUCUGAGCAACAAGCAACAGCGCCGCUUGAAAUUCAAGGUCGAUUUGCACGUUGUGACUAUGAUCUCCAUCAUCCUCGCAGUAUCAGUCAUCGAUCGAAUUAACAUUGGCUCGGCUAAGGUUCUCGGGAUGGACGACGACAUCGAGGUCUCCAAAGGCGCUCGCUACUCUGUCUGCCUGCUCAUCUUCUUCCUAGGCUACUUCCUUGCCGAGAUCCCUUCCAACAUGAUGCUUGUCAAGGUCGGGGCAGAUGAUUGGCUAUCUUUCUUGACCUUUGGGUUCGGUCUCUGCGUUAUGUGCAUGGGAUUCGUACCAAAUUGGCAAAUACUUGCCUUCCUGCGCUUUGUGCUCGGCUUGCUUGAAGGAGGCAUAUUCCCGGCAUGCCUCUUCCUUCUGAGCUCCUGGUACCGCGGUACCGGCUCCAUCGCCGACUAUCGUGCUUUUAUGCCGUGUCGACCAUGGCGUCAGCCUUUGAUCGAGGGCGCUGCGACCAUGGUCAUUGAUCUAGGGUCUUACUUCUUCAUCUCCGAUUUUCCUGACAAGGCCAAAGUCCUUAAGCCUCACGAGCGACAACAUGUUCAGGAUGAACUAAGGGAAGACAUGGGCAACGCCACCACCGACACACUUACAUACGCGUGCGUGGUGGUCCCGACGUACGGACUUGGCUUCUUCACCCCUACUAUUCUCACUGGUUUAGGCUACAGAGGCGUCCAAGCCACGUUGCAUUCAGCACCACUGUACGCCGCAGCCGUGGGAAUGCUGCUCCUUUCUUCUUACCUGGGUGACAAGCUGAAGGUCCGCGGGCCGUUAACCAUCAUCCAGGAUGCCAUGACUUUGGCUGGAAUGCUACUCGUGCGACCUCUCUACAGCAGUGAAGUGCGCUAUCUAGGCAUUUUCCUUGCGGUGAUGGGUGUCAUGGGCAACCAAAUUACCAUUCUCACAUUCGCCCAGAACAACAUCGUCGGCAGCUUAAAGCGUCUGCUUUUCUCCGCCUUAAAUAUUGGUGGUGGAGCAAUCUCCGGUAUUAUUGGCAACACCAUUUUCCGAUCUCAGGAUGCACCAUUUUAUGCUCCUGGGCUGUACAGUGUCGUCACCCUGCAAGUGCUGAUGAUAGUUCUUACGUUCGGUAGCAUAGCCGCGUUCGCGUGUAAGAGUCGUCAGGCCGACCGCGAGAACAAGAUCAUCCACGGAAUCGAAGGUUGGAGAUACACCUUGUGA